ACACUUUCUAAUUUCUAUCGCUGUCUCCUCCUGUGAUUUCUCCGAUAUCCAUCUGCUCUUCCUCUCGUUUCUAUCGCUCGCUGCUGCUUCAUCUUUCCUAUUUGCUCUCCGGAUAUGGCUUCUUCACCGAUUCUCUCUCUUGCCUCCUCCACUGCUUCUUCUGCCUUGCCUUGUCGCCGCCGAUUCCUACACAAUCUCAAGGCAACUUCCAAUCAAAUGACAUUUCUCGGGAAUGAUCAUAUCAACUCAAAGUCUUUCUUUAGGACAAGCAUGAGCGUUGCUGUUGAGAAUUCCAAGUUCACUGACAUAACAAUGGCUCCCCCUGACCCCAUUCUCGGAGUUUCUGAAGCAUUCAGAGCAGAUACCAACGAAAUGAAGCUUAACCUUGGUGUGGGUGCCUAUCGUACUGAAGAUCUUCAACCCUAUGUGCUCAAUGUUGUGAAGAAAGCAGAAACUCUUAUGCUGGAAUGGGCAGAAAACAAAGAGUAUCUACCGAUCGAAGGUUUGGCUGCCUUUAAUAAGGCUACAGCAGAAUUAUUAUUUGGAACAGAAAAUCCUGUUAUUCUGCAACAAAGGGUUGCCACUGUCCAGGGUCUUUCAGGAACUGGGUCUCUGCGGCUUGCUGCAGCGUUGAUAGAAAGAUACUUUCCUAGUUCUAAAGUUCUGAUAUCAUCUCCAACCUGGGGGAACCACAAAAACAUUUUCAAUGAUGCCCGAGUUCCAUGGUCUGAGUAUCGCUAUUAUGAUCCGAAAACGGUCGGUUUGGAUUUUGAUGGGAUGAUAUCUGACAUAAAGGCAGCUCCAGAAGGAUCUUUCGUGUUACUUCAUGGAUGUGCACACAACCCAACUGGCAUUGAUCCCACUCCAGAACAAUGGGAAAUAAUUGCUGAUGUCAUUCAGGAAAAGAACCAUAUUCCAUUCUUUGAUGUUGCCUACCAGGGUUUUGCUAGUGGGAGCCUUGACAAAGAUGCAUCAUCGGUGAGAAUGUUUGCUGCGCGUGGUCUGGAACUUCUAAUUGCUCAGUCGUACAGUAAAAAUUUGGGUCUCUAUGCAGAAAGGAUUGGAGCUAUAAAUGUUGUCUGCUCGUCAUCUGACGUCGCACAUAGGGUAAAAAGCCAGUUGAAAAGACUUGCACGGCCAAUGUACUCAAAUCCUCCCAUACAUGGAGCCAGGAUCGUCGCUAAUAUUGUGGGGAAUUCAGAUCUCUUCAGUGAAUGGAAAGAGGAGAUGGCAUCGAUGGCUGGAAGGAUAAAGAGUGUCAGAAAGAAAUUGUAUGAUAGUUUGUGUGCAAAAGAUAACAGUGGGAAGGACUGGUCUUUCAUUCUCAAACAGAUUGGCAUGUUCUCAUUCACUGGCUUGAAUAAAGCUCAGAGUGACAACAUGACCAACAAAUGGCAUGUAUACAUGACCAAGGAUGGAAGAAUAUCAUUGGCUGGAUUAUCGUCAGCCAACUGUGAAUACCUUGCUGAUGCUAUUAUUGAUUCAUACCAUAAUGUUAGCUAGAAAAGAUCUUUAUAUAUAUAUAUAUAUAUAUAUAUAUAUAUAUAUAUAUAUAUAUUUGAUAAUAAUAAUAACAAUAAUGGUUUAACCCUGAGAGAGAGUUUUGGUUGCAUUCAGAUUUACAUUAAAAAAGUAUGCUGUGAUGAUGCAUUAUUAUUUCUUAUCUAUUCUUCUUACAAACUUUUGAAACAUAAAUUUAUUUAUAACUUUCUGUGACUUCAAGUCAACUGUGUACUGGACAACUAUUUCUCUUCCAAGUAUAAUUUGUUUCAUCAUAUUUGCCUGCUUAUCGACAUUGUGACAAUGAAAAGGAGCAAUAUUUGUUUGUAA